AAGAUUUCUACCUGCCCUCACUCGUCUCGCCGCUGUCUGACGCGUUACCUGUGACCUCGCCGCCUCCUGAACAUCUUAACAAUCACUCGAAAGGAUGUAUUUGUGUUUAUUAUGCAGGGAAUAUCUAGCUAUCAGUGAAUUUUGGUUAUGGCUGAAUAGUGCGUGAGUGAAGUCCAAAGAAACGAACCCCGACCCCGUACUCCUACAUUGACGUUUUAUAAGUAUACGCUGUGAGUGAUCGUUCAUAUAUUAAGCAUGGACGUAUCGAUCGUGAGAAAUACCUAUGCGUCUUAGACUCAGUGUUGUAUAGAAGUGGAACAGUGAGCAAGAGAAUAACCAGAAACAAACAGAUAAACAUGACAGCAUAACUAUAUACACUAUACUGAUUGACGCUCAUGAGAACCUUGACUACCGACAAUACAAUAAGCACCAAAGUAUUAAUUACGAAAAAUCAGUGAUGGAGACGUAACAGUGACCAGUGAAUAACGAGAUACAAACUAACUCGUUCUUAUGCACGAUUCUGGUUGACGCUUAUAAGAACCAAAACUAACGACAAAUCUACUAAAAUGGUCAACUCCUACAACACCCGUCUCGUAGCCAUACUGAGCUUCGUGGGCGCCGUGCUGUACUACCAAUACUCGCAGACUCCGAGCACCGAGGCAAUAGUGCAAAUUUACGAAGGUGGGAAGCUCGUAAACGUGAGCCUUACACAUGAGGAACUGGAGAACUACCUCAGAUUACAGCAACUUCAGGCUAAAAAGAACCAGGAGUAUAAGAUGAAGGCUGAGAAUACGUCGUUAAAGUCACCACCUCCACCGCCAGCACCACCACCCACACCUCCACCAAUAAAAUCACCUGAAGAUUCGCAGCUGAAAUCCGUCAUUAGUAAGAGUACCGUGCCUCAUCUACCCGUGUUAAAGCCUUCUAAUGGGUCUUUCCUGGAUACUUUGGACGUUACCGGCCAACCGAAGGAGAAGACGCGGUUCCUGAAGGCUCGUCUGAAAGUCCUCCGCCAGCGCGCCACCGUUCUAAGCUCCGAGUGCAAAAUUAGGUCGAACUUGGCCAAACCGGGUCCCGCGCCGCUGAUAUGGGACACCAAGCACACCCCGAAUGUUGUCUGGUGCCCGAGCUACGCGCUGAAGUAUGGAGCCAGGCAGAGUCCAGUCUUCCAGUUGUUUCCUCCGCCUGAAGACAUUGACGAGAGGGACCGAGUCUACAACAACAGUCUACGUAUGAUUGUGGUCAGCCAUCCUUUUACCAGACUCAUAGCGGUGUACAAAGACAAGAUACAGAAGAAAGACCCCUGGCCCAAAGAAUACAAAUUUCUAAAGCUGCAGCGUCAUAUCAUUGCCAACUACAGGCCCAAAGAGAGCGAAGAGACCUCCCCCUUCCCUACCUUCUCCGAGUUCAUCCAGUACGUCAUUGACACAUCGAAGAAGCUGAAGACAAGGGAGGACUGGCUGAAAAAUGUGUGGUACUGGACUCCUUAUUGGGCCCAGUGUAAUGUGUGUGCCUCAGACUAUAGCCUGAUUGUCAAGCUGGAGACCAUGGCGCAGGACCAAAAGUUUCUCAGUACAGUCGCGGACAUGACGGAGCUGAAAAAGCUCAAGUCCACAGAAUGGCGGCACCUUAUUGGAGUCUCCUCGGAUAAACUCAUAAAGGAGUAUAUGGGUAAGAUCACCUGCCGGCAGGCUUGGGACCUCUACCAGUGCUACCAGCUGGACUACUUUCUCUUUGGGUACAAUUUCAAUGAAGAGUUGUUGGACUACACUGAAAACUAGCUGCCCCUGACUGAGGUCCAAUGAGGUGUGAAAUGAAAUGACUAACUCAUUACUUAGAAUGGUUUUGAGUGUCUUCAAGGCAAGUGUAUAGUUUGUUGCUGUAGUUUGCUGCAGUGUUAUUAACACAUACAUGAUAUUCAUGUACAGUGAUUGACUUUGUUGACAAUUUUGUCAAGUAUGUUUUGUACUUAAACUGGUAUUGGUCUUUAUAAGAUAUCUUAAAAAUGUUAAAACAAGCUGUUUUCAUCCCUCCCAGUGGUGCAUGAGAUUCCAUUGUUUAAAUGUGAGUAGUGUAGGAAUUUACACUUCAUUACAUGAUCUUUACUCUUUUGAAUGAUAUUUUGUGUCCGUACUUAAUUUG